AUGGGGAAAAAUAAAGCACAGCGUACUAAAAAUAAUGCAAAGCCUUCAAACAGUGCUCGGAGUGCCGAGUUCCUGGGCAGCGCAAUGCCAAAUUUCGUGGGAUUUUCAGCAGUGAAAGACGGUGGAUAUGUACCGGUUUUACCUGGCUUAUCGCUGAACCAAUUGAACGAAGUCGAAAUAAGUGCCAUCGACUCAAACUUCCAGGUCGUCUUCAAGAAAAUGAAUAAAAAAGACGCUACUACAAAAUUUAAAGCUCUACAAGAGUUUGCUGAUUUGGUUAAAGAAUCUCCACUCCAAACGGUGGAAGCUAUUUUACCAUUUUGGCCGAAGCUCUACAGCACACUGGCUGUCGACGUAGAGCACAGAGUACGCGAUGCUGCUCAAAUAACCCACGGAGUUUUAGUCAAAAAAGUUGGAAAAAGCAUCGCCACUUAUCUUAAACAACUAGCUGGACCUUGGUUUACAUCGCAGUUUGAUCCGUUUCCUCCAGCAGCCUCAGCAGCAAGUAACUCAUUGCAUGAAACUUUUCCAGACAAAAAAUAUGUCGAUGCAAUAAUCUACUGUCAGGAUGAGAUUUUGUCCUAUAUUUGCUACAAUAUAAAUGUUCAAACACCGCAAUUAUUGAACAUAACACACAAGGCGAUGAAUCUUGCUCCUGAAAUUCUGGAGGCUAAAUAUCAACGCAUAUUGAUCUGCAGCUUGCAGGGUUACUGUUCUUAUUUGAAACAAGCUCCACAUCAGCAAAUUGAAAAGACAUCUAGCAGUCAUCACCAAAUUAUAAAUGGUAAUAAAUUUUGGAAGUUGGCCAAGCAUGAAAUUCCAUUGAUAAAAAUAUCAUUUUUCAAUAUUAUCACGUCGCUUAUUGAAAAUUGUAAAGAUAUUCUCAAAGAUUCUGAGAAAAAAACAAUAACAUCAAUAAUGAAUAGUCUUGAUGAAAAUGAACCUGGAGUCAUUUCAGCGGUAUGGGAGUGUAUGUUAAUAGCUAUUGACAAAAUUGAUGAUUGGUACACUUAUGUCAGUAUUGAGAAAUUAGUUUUGCCGAAAUUGUGGAGAGUAUUACGCAGUGGGGGACAAGGAUGUGCUAGUAUUAUCUAUCCAAAUUUGCUACCACUGAUCAGCCAGUUUCCAAAGUUUGACUUGGAUAAGAAGAAUUUAUUUUUCAACUUUUUCGAUAACAUGAGCCAAGGAUUUAUGGCUAAAAAUGUCUUAGUCAGUCGGUCUGAAAUUACAGCAAUAAUCAAGUCAUACAUCGAAUGUCUUCGAUACACUAUUUUAUUGAAUAACAAUGACAUUGAUUUAUGCGGAAAACUUGUUAGAGAACAAUUGAUUCCAGCUAUUGAAUCUUUCAUUACAGAUUACACGCCGGUUAAAUUAGUAUUGUUCAAUGAGGCCGCUGAGCUACUGAGAUAUUGGAGUAAAAAUCGUAAUUCUGAGGAUUACAAAUCAUAUGGAGAGUUGAUAGUUAUCUUUUGGAGUGAGCUUGAAUCAAUGUUCAAUCGUUUUAUGGACAAGGAGAGUGAAACAUUUGAAAAAGUAACUGUUGAUAAUAUUUGGGAUGCUCAAAUUAAAUUAUUGACUGCGUUAAAAUGUUCUUCUAAUGUUAAUCGUAAAAGCUUACGUAUUAAAUUUGAAGACACGGAUAAGGCUGAAUCAAAGGAACAACUUUUUAGUCAGCAGUCUACAGACAAUGUAUUGGUGAAAGAGAUCAAUAAUUUUGUCACUAAGUUGUGCAUCAAAUUAAUCAAUAAUUAUGAUAAAAAUACAUCAAAGAAUAUUGAUCCGCUGAGUCGAUUAAUUUGCCAGUUUGAAAGUCAAUUUUUAUUUGAAGAAGUUUGUAAAGUAUACACCAAUGGUGAUAAUUUAUUGGAGUUUUACAAUAAAACUUUUAAAGUUUGGCUGGGGGAUAAUAAUGCUAAAGUAAAUGAAAUUGUUAAAAUAAUAUUCACCUUAUUACAAUAUAUGAAGGAUGAAGAUAAAAAUAGUGUUUUAAAUUCAUUAACGAGUAUGAAUAAUAGUAAAGUAUUAAACUGUGCUAUUAGUUGUGCACUGAAUGAUAAAAACAUGAAUGACCAAGUAAUUAAAUCUUGGCGUAAAGACGACUAUACUUCAGAAUAUUUAUCUCGGCUUACAGAAAAAGUUAUCAGCGAUAAUUGUGAAGAGAGUAAAAAAGUAUUACUGCAAUCUUUUAAAUCGUGUGGUGAUGAUUUUUGUAUCAGCGAGCAGGCAGUCUGUGGUGUGUUAAAUGUUUUGUGUGAUUACUUGACGCAAUCUGAAGAAAUAGCCGAAUCAUUGAUCACCUUUACAUCGCAAUUAUCAUUGCUUAUUUGGAAUUAUAAAAAAUUAAUUCCUGCAACAUUAAAACUGUUCAAGACGUUAUUUAAAAUGAGUAAUAAAGAUUCUUUGUCACUUGAUUUAAAAGAAUCAGUACAGACUAGUUGGACAACCGGACUGAUGUCAAUUUAUCAUAAAAUAACUCCAAAUGAAUUGUUCAAACUUCAAGAGGAAUGUAUGAAAAUAAUGUAUGAGAAAAUGUACUCUAGCGAUUUUAAAACAAGUGAUGGAACUGAUUUGGUAUUAAAUUUCUUGGAAGCUUCAAACAAUUAUAAUUAUGAUGAGGCUCUAACGUCCUUGAUUAAAUUUAAUAAUAACAUAGAGAAAAAUUCAUUGGACGAGUGGGUUCCUGCAGUGAAAAAUUUUAUUUUACACACGGAAAUAGUCUGCGGUAAUUUUAAUUCUGUAAAUCCAAUCAAAAGUGUGUCGUUGGAAUGUCCGAUUAGACUUUCAAGUGAACCAGAAGAAGAAGAAGAAGAACAAGGAAUGCCAGAAAAAAUGAUGCGUUGUUUAAAAUGGUCUUUAUUUACUACCAAACUUAUCAAUAAAUUAAUAAUGCAAUUAAAUGACGAGUAUGAAGAUGAUGAAUUUGAAUCAAUUAUUAAAAGUAGUCUCGAUAAUUCUUCUGAGCAAUUAAGAAAUAUUUUACUGAUAACUAGUCUUGGUAAAUUGUACAACGAUCACUAUAAAUUUUCCUGUAACGCCGACGCAAUCAAGCAAAUUUACGUUUCACUUCAUUUUGAGUGUAAGAGUUUGCGUGAAAAAAUACCACUCAAUGUUUGGAAAGAAAUAAUUUUAGAUUCACUGGAUGUCGACAAGUAUUGGACUGAAUGGGGAAGUAUUUUUUCACUGUUUUUGCAAUACUACGCCGAUGAUAAAAUUUAUUUUUCAGAAAUAAAAUCACAGGCUAGAGUAAUACUAAGUGAGUACACUACAGAAAACGGUGAAAAUUCAGUUAGCUUGAUACAAGAUGUAAAGGCAGUAAUAUUAGCGCAACUUAUUUUAAAUGAUGAUGAUGAUGAUGAUGAUGAUGAAAGUAACACUCUUUCUUUAAAUGUUUUGGAGAAGAUAAUAAAACGUAACCAAGUGGAUAAAGAAUUCUUGCUAUUCAACCGAGACAUUAGUUCUGUUUCGUGGUCAGAAUUUAUUUUGCCACUUGAAUUAGUACGAUUAUUUACAAAAUCCUUGCAAAAAGUUCCAACAAAAAUGACCACUGAGAUGCGAGAUGCUGCAGUAAUUUAUUUGUCAUCAUGGCUCAUGUCUCUGAAUAAAUCUAUAGCUCACCACAAAGAUUUAAAAUUACAAUGCUUUGUUGUAGCUCUCAGUCAACUAUUUUGCGCUAUAAAAAAUUUAUUAAGCAGGGUUACAGAGAAAGAUUUUGAAGAAAUACGUACAGGAUUCGUGGAUGAAUGGAAUAAUAUUUUCGCCGAUGACAUCAACCGUGAGAUAGCAAACACUUGGAUGUACUACGCAGAUUUGUUCAACAACGAAACUGAAUUUUUAACUUCAAUUCUUAUGUUGAAUUAUCUAGGGAAUGCUAUCAAGCUACUCGAUGGAGCAAUUUUCUUUAAAGAACCUACUGAUGCUCCGAUUACAGUCACCUCCGAUGAUUUGAUAAAGUUCUCUUUGAAACUUAUAUUAUCACCAAUUCCAAGUCUUCAGUUGUCUGCUCAUCAUGCUCUGAACCGUUUGAUUCCAACACUCGUAGAGCAAGACAAAAAUACAAUUGAACAGGAAAACUUUGACGCUACAACACUGAAUAUUUACAAAUUUGAAGAUAUUAUUUUACAAACUCAAAAAAUAGUUGAUACAAUAUUAUUAGAUUUCAAACUAUGUGAUUCAAUAACUUGUACUGUUAAACCGUAUACAGACUCUUAUACUUACACUUUCGGAUACAUUCUGACUUGGCUUAAUGUUUUGGAAAUGUGCAGCCAUGCUCAUGCUGAUUUGCGUUAUCAAUACGGAGAAAUACUCAAAAAUGAUUACUUCUCAUCAUUGAUGAAUAACGUAUUCCGAUUGAUGCCGGCAAAGAUGCUUGAAUUCACAGAUAAACGAACUCCAUUGUUCGAGUUUGUAAAUUUAUUCAAAGAUCAACCUUUGUUAAACUUAAAUGAUAGUUUGACUAGCUCUACAUUAGACCACGUAGUUUGCUGGGUUUAUACAAAUUGUUUGAGGUACAUGCCGGUGUUAGCAAGACAGUGGUGGAGUGAAGUUGAAUCCCGUGUAGGAAGUACCAUGGAAAAAAUUACGACUCUUUAUGUUAGUCCUAUUCUAUGUCGAGAGGAAUUGACAGUGAACAAGCUUAAUGACGUACCUAAUUUGACGAUCAUUGUUUAUCCAACGGUACGAGAGUUAAACGCUGUUUAUAGGAUGGAUGACUCAAAGUUGGAAUUGAAAAUGAUUUUACCGACAAAUUAUCCUCUGGGUACUGUCACUGUUGAACCUCGACAACAUGCUGGUGGUGCGGCUAACUGGAAAAAUAGCCAUAUGCAGCUCUCAAUAUUUCUUAAUCAUCAGAAUGGAUCAAUCUGGGAUGGUUUGAUGAUGUGGAAAAAUAAUUUAGAUAAAAAGUUUUCUGGCGUUGAAGAGUGCUACAUUUGUUUCAGUAUAUUUCAUAUCAAUACUUAUCAAAUACCAAAGCUUUCAUGUUAUACUUGCCGAAAAAAAUUCCAUGCUCCUUGUCUGUACAAAUGGUUCAGCACAAGUCAGAAGUCAACCUGCCCAAUAUGCCGAAAUAUAUUUUAA